UCGUAGAAAAGCUGCUGUUUUGUUUUUUAGAUGAAAAAAGAAAAACACUUAUCGCUGGUUUAAUACCAACACUGAACUUUAAACGCAAAAGUAUUCCUUCUUUAAGGUAUGUGCAUAUAAAUAUACUCUAUUACAGAAAAUUAUAUAAGCUACUGCUGAAUAUACAUAUACGUCAAUUUAUUUUUUCACUUUUGGCACAGCUGUUAAUCCACGUGCUACAGCCAAAGAUAUUGAAUAUAAGAAAGCAAAUGCCACAUUGGAGGAAACCGACUCCUCAUGUGUAUUAUCAAUCCUUCGUAAACUUUGUGAGUCGAGCAAAAAUAUUGAAACUUCGUUGAAUUGGAGUUUACAAAUAUUGACCAAUAUGGUAAUCGUAAGCAUAUCUGAUGGCAUAUACUGCAAUCCAAAGGUGGAGAUGUAUGAUGAUGACUUACUUUCAUUUACAAUAUAUGCAGUUGGGACCUCCCUGAUAAUCACGACAUAUAUAACUGUACUAGCGGCCCAUAAGGAACAUCACAUUGUCAAACUUGAUAAAAGAGAUCUCUAUAUAUCUCAUAUGUGCUGGAAUUAUAGUGACCCACCCAUUUCAAGAUCAUUGUACUUCAAUAAACAUACUUUCUCCAAAACAGUCGGAAUUCAUUCUGAUUAAAAUCAAUUGCAAAAAACUGUGUUUUCUCGGUCUUCAGAUUGCGUAUUAUUAAAUCUGAAUAGUGAUAUCAUAUGCAAACAAUUUCAGCAAAACGUAUGUCAUUAAAUUUGAAAGUACCUGUAAAAUUUGAUGCACCAAUUUUCACUUACAUCAUUAGAGCGUAUCUUGAUGGGGCUUUGUGAAGAACGUAGUGAGAAAAAGGCAUUGUCAAUUGAAAAUUUAUGUUUAAAUCAUGAAAUCAAAAUCCUACAAGAAGAAAUAUGUACAUCCUCUAUCCCUGGAACUCUGAUCUUAAUUCAGAUUUGAAAAGAUCAUGUCGAAUGUUGAUCUUGUCCACAAGAUAGCCAGAUACUGUUAAUGAUAUUUGGAUUGUAUGGUCUUUUUUGUUGAAAAAACGUAUGCAACCAUACCCUAAGGUCCAGAAUAGCAGGGGAGGGGUUAAUAAACGAGGAGGAGACCUGACAAAACUUAAAACGUAACAGGUAAUUUUCCUCCGAUAAUUAGCGGGAUGGGGGGAGGGGGCGGUUAUUUGGGACCUUAGAGUACAUGGUGCUGAAGACAUAUCUACCAAGAUACGAGAUCACUCAUAGAAGGUGCGUAACUCACUUGGCAUCUGUAAAACAUUCUCCUCCAAUGUUGUGAUUGAUAGAUGACACAAAACAAGAUUAGCCAAUUUCAUCCCUAACAAAACGCUACAGUUGCGACUCAGAAUUGAACCAAGAAAGGAUGCUGUGUAUUAAAAGUAUUUUUGUAAAAGGAUGAAUUUUUCACCAUCACCAUUGAAUGGUUUUAUAACAACUUUCACUUGUCAAGAGCACCAACCUUGAAUAUCUUGAAUUCAUCGGUGAUUUCUUGUGGAUAGCACUCACCACCAGCUAGCUUUAAAACAGCUUCCCCAUAUUUGUUUUAAUUCAUAGAUUCAUUUUUUUCUUUGCUUUCAUGUUUGGCGUUGGUAUAGCGUGCUAACCCUCUUGGAGAGACACAAACUGUAUAAAAAACUACAGGGAAAUGUGACUUUCGCAUCCUAUUCGGGAAUUUCAUUUACUAUUGCAGCUAGAUUCUCUUCAAAACCUUCGUUACUCUAUAAAAUGUCACCAUCUAUAGCACUUAAUAUUGCAUCAAUAACUUUGCUAUAGAAGUCUUCCUUCAAAGCGGCCAUUUCACAAAAUCUGAUCCCCUUUCAUUCGGGCCACCCCUAUUGGCCGGGUACUUCUACUGUUUUAGUGCUUCCGCCCGAAAAUCUCUUUUUCUUAUGACUAUGAUUAUACGUCACUUUAAAGCAGGGUAAACGAAAUAAUAUAGGGAAACAGCGCAUGACUACAAGCUGCCUAAGUUUGUUUACAAAGUACUUUGUUUUUUAUUAACAGGUUUUUUAUGAAAAAUUACGUGCAUUUAAUGGUUAAAAUAAUUGGCCAGUAUGUAAGAAUCAAUAUCAUGUGUUCAUUAAAUUUAAAACGUCCUUCUUAAAGCCGUAGAAAUUUUGCACAGGUAAAAUUUAAAAACUACAUUAUAUAUAAUUAAUGACUUGUAUUCAAUAUCUACAUAACCCUAAAACUUGUAUUUCGAACACUCCUAAGAUUUUUUACCGCCAAACAAUAGGUUGCUAGGAAACAUAUUAUUUUUCUCCGUCUUAACCACGUGAUUAGUUUGUUUUUGUUCAAUUUUCUCCACCAUAUACAUCUUACUUAAACAAGAAAUAUCGUGUAGCGGUGACAUACUGUGCAUUUUACAAUUGCAGAGUGACCUAACGUUUGAAAUGGAAGUUUAUAUGUUCCUGUUUUUAAAUUGUGGAUUUGAGCCAUGACUAAAAUGAACUGGAGUGGACUAAAUUAUAUGCGUAUAAAGGGACAUCUUUAUUGUCAUUGUUGGGUUUUACUUAACAUUUACCCUAAUUUUGCGUAAAAAGAAUAAUUACAGUUAUACUUUAUAACGGAGAACAAACGCAGUAUAUUUUAUUGAAUUCUACAAGAUAUUUACACUGAAAAAGAGAUGGAGGGUGGAGAACCUUCGAAUUCAUCUCCGCAUCGUAACGCGCGGUUGAUAUUUAAUAUCGGUGGGCAAAGGCACGAGACGUUCGUUAGUACUCUAAAAGCUAUACCUGGCAGUCGCCUUUCAUGGAUUUCCGAAAAUUACCAAAUUUUGAGGCAUUCUCCUGCGUAUGAUCCUGUAAGGCAUGAAUUUUUCUUCGAUAGGAACCCAACUUGUUUCGAAGCCAUAUUGAAUUAUUUUCGAACAGGAGAGUUGCAUUAUCCCGCAAAUAUAUGUGGACCUGUUUUUGAAAUUGAAUUAAAAUUUUGGGGGGUAGAUGAAGCACAAAUGCAAAGCUGUUGCUGGGAAGAGUAUGCUAAGAACAGAGAAAAAGACGCAAAAUUAAAAGGUUUUAAAGGUCCUCUUUUUAAAGGCGGGGAGAAUUACGAAGACGAAGAAACGAACAGCAAGCUACACGCAGUGCGAGUGAAAAUGUGGAAAUUCCUCGAUGACGCAUACUCCUCCAGGGCUGCUAGAAUCCAUGCUUAUGUUGCGUAUGUCUUUCUGUUUUUGUAUAUUAUUCUACCCAUCAUCACAUCAAUGGAGAAAGUAAAAGAAUCCAGUGAAGUGGUUCUACAUGUUAUACGAGUCAUCGAAGCUGUCCUUACUAGCUAUUUCACUAUUGAAUUUUUACUACGACUUAUAUUAUGUCCGAACAGAAAAGAAUUUUUGAAAGAUCAUUUGAACAUCGUCGAUGUAAUGUCAAUGAUACCCAUCUACUUGGAACUUUUAAUCAACAACAAAGGUUACUCCUAUUAUACAGACGCGCUUUCCAUAUUUCGGAUUGUUAAAGUAUUCCGAACAUUUCGGUAUAAUUACACGCUGCAAGUCCUGUCAAACACAUUAAAAGAAAGUUUGCCUGAGCUAUCCUUGUUGGUGUUUCUUAUGUUGCUACUGGCAACCAUAUUUGCUUACGCAAGCUAUUUUAUUGAAGGGAGGUUGGAAGGUACCUUGUUCAAAUCUAUUCCACACUGCCUGUGGUGGUCUUUUAUUACAAUGACGACGGUAUGUAUAUAAAUUCUA